AUGACCGAGGAAGAGAAUGAUGGUGGUUUGGGGUCGCAACGAUGCGGAAGUCAGUCAGCAAUUGAUAAGGUCAGUGAGAAAGUGUCAUUAAAUGUAUUUGCUUGGGUGAAAAAGUGGUUUGAGGUGAUGAAUUUUGUUCAUGGGUAUGGUGCUCUGAAUGCUGCUCUUGUGGGUUUGAGGUGUCCUCAUCUAAGGCGUCUUGUUAUGCCAGCUUGGAAUAGAAUAAAGAAGGAUGUAAUUUACAAGGCCAUUCAUACAUGGAGAUCUCUCGAAUCCCUUACAAAGCCUAGUAUAGUAAAUCUGCAUUAUCUUGUAAAGGAAAUAGCCAUAAAUUGCAAGAACUUCAAUGAACUGAAGAUCAUGGGUCCUUUUGAUGUUCUCUUUGCUUCUAUAAUAGUCAAAUUUCUUUCAAAUUUGAAGGUUUUGAGCUCGAGAUGCUCAGCGAUAGUUAAGGAUGCCUUAUUGCUUGUAUUGGAUGACCUACCAAAUCUAGAAGUCCUUUACAUAUCGCAUAGUCUUCUUAUAGAAAGUCCACCUUUUUCUCUAGUGAUGCCCAAAAAAAUUAUUAAGAAGCCAGAUAAAAUUAUCUUGGAAAAGGCUGCUCAAUUACGUGAGUUCUUAACAUGUAUUGAGCACUCAUGCAUCAUGUGCCAGCGUACUCGAAGUGAUGAAGGCUUUAUGAGGUGGUACAAGCAUGAGGAAGGUCUAUGGAAAAUGGAUGAGGCGAGGUCUCUUGCUGUUUGA